AUGGAGUCCGGCAGCAGAUCGACGUCGAGCUCUGCCAGCGGGGAGAAUCACGAACUUCUAAGCAAAGACGAACGCCGUGACCGCGACCUGGAGUCGCAAGCACCAGAUGCCGCAAAGGAAGAAGCACCACCUGUGGAAUACACCACGAGCACGCUCAAGAAACUGCUCUAUCUGGGCCUCUACUUCCUUCUCAACCUGGCAGUCACAUUAUCAAACAAAGCUCUCCUGAGAAAAGCUUCGUAUCCUUGGCUUCUAACAUUCUCUCACGCCUUCAGCACCAGCAUUGGCUGCUCAUUGCUCCUGGCGACGGGCCAGAUGAAGCUUUCCAAGCUCACAGUACGCGAGAACUUGACUCUGGUAGCUUUCUCCACCCUCUUCACUUUGAACAUCGCCAUCAGCAAUGUAUCGCUUGCUCUUGUUUCCGUUCCCUUCCACCAGGUUGUGCGCUCAACAACUCCAGUAGCCACGAUUCUGAUCUACAGAGUCGUCUACAAUCGAUCAUACUCACGCGACACCUACAUCUCGAUGAUUCCACUCAUUCUUGGUGUCGGCCUGGCCACAUUUGGUGACUACUAUUUCACCGCAAUGGGAUUCAGCCUGACCUUUCUUGGCGUCAUCCUCGCUGCGAUCAAAGGUGUAGCUACGAAUCGCCUGAUGACAGGCUCUCUCAAGCUGCCCGCCAUGGAGGUCCUCUUUCGAAUGUCUCCUCUUGCUGCGCUGCAAUGUCUCUUAUACGCGGCUGGCAGCGGUGAGAUUACGAAACUGCAGGCCGCCUCGACAGGCCUCCUCACAACCAGCUUUCUCAUCGGCAUCACUGCAAAUGCUCUCAUGGCAUUUGGCCUCAAUCUUGUCUCUUUCCAGACAAACAAAGUAGCUGGAGCUCUCACCAUAUCGGUCUGCGGCAAUGUCAAGCAAUGCUUGACCAUCAUUCUCGGCAUCAUUCUGUUCAACGUGCGAAUAGCGCCAUUGAAUGGAUUGGGCAUGUUGGUGGCAAUGGCAGGAGCUGCGUACUACAGCAAAGUCGAGUUUGACCGAAAGAAGGCCUCCAGCACUUGA